GUAUGCCCUUGUGCAAGAAUCGCCCCAGUGUUUACAUUAAGUGUUACCAAUCUAAAGUGUGCCCUUGUGCAAGAAUCGUCCCAGUGUUUACAUACAAAGUGUGCCCUUGUGCAAGAAUUGCCCCUGUAUUCACAUUUAUAAUCUGUGCUCUAAAAAUAGAACCAUCUUCUUUUGUUUAUUGAAAGAUGACGUUCUUUGGAAAAGCUCGUAAGGAGGAUUUAAUUCUCCUUGCUAGUGAGUUGGGUGAAGAUGUCACCCCUGAUUUAAAAAUCAUUGAUUUGAAGAAAGUUAUUACCUCUAGUGAUAACUAUGAAGAGGAGUUUGUAAAAGAAAUGCUCAACACGAUCAUUUCCCAAAGACAGGAUGCUGCUGAGGAGAAAAAGAGAGCUGCUGGGUUAGAAAAGGCCAGCAUCGAGAGCAACGAAAGAAUCAAGACAGAGCAAAUGAAAUUGGAACUGGAAAAGAUUAGACUCGAGAUAGAGGCAAGACAGUGUGGACCCUCCACCAAUACUGAUGGUUUCCGAAGAAAACCUGUGAUUGAUUUGUUGUCCUUAAUGCCCCGAUUUGAUCCAAAUAAUAAUGACAUAAACCUGUAUUUAGUACUAUUUGAGCGCCAAGCUCAACUCAGUGAAGUUCCUAAGGAAUUUUGGGCAUCCAAUCUUAUUGGACUGCUGCCCUAUGAUGUUGCGCAGCUAAUUGCAAGAGAGAGUGACGAUGUUGCUAGCGAUUAUGACAGAGUAAAACUACUACUUCUAAAAAGGUUUAAAUUGACGGCGGAAAAGUUCCGUCAGCUGUUUGUGAAACAUAAUAGGACUAACUCAUCGUCUUGGCAAGAUUUUGCCUAUGAACUUAGGAACUUUUUCCAAGGUUGGGUUAGUGGUUUGGAAAUAACCACUUUUAAGCAGUUAGGAGAAUUGAUCAUAUCUGACCAAAUUAAACGCAAAGUGCCGGCAGAUGUAAAAGAUCAUUUUAUUGAUGAGUGGUGCCAGUUGAACACUGUGGAAGGGCUUGUCAAACGGCUUGAUGACUAUGAAGCUGUAAGAGUGAAGAGGGAACCAGCCGCUUCAAGCUCCACUGCCCGAGUUGAAAAUAAAAGAUAUUCGAAACAAAGUAGAAGGGGAUACCCUGAUACAAGACCGAAUUUUCAAGAACGUUCUAGGCCGGAAAAUUUUGAACUUCAACCAAAGUUAACAUGCUAUGGCUGUGGAAGGCAAGGAUACGGCAAGGCAAAGUGCCCUACCUUCUCUCCAAAUGUUUGUGCAAGUGCUAUCAAUCUGCACGCUUGUCAUAUUUCUUCCUCUCCCAUAGCACUGCUUGAUGUUGAGAUUUCUGACAUCAAGGCCAGAGUUUGUGCUGAUACAGGAGCAACCUGCUCCAUUGCUGGAGAGACAUUGUUUAAGAUGCUGAAAGAAAAAGGAGCCCAAUUCCAAACUAAAGAGGUAGUCAUGACUUUAGCUAAUGGAAGUCAGACUGCAGUUGAAGCAUGCGCCACCCAGGUGCUGGUUAACAUCGAAGGUAGAAAAUUCAAUCAUGAACUGUUAGCCCUGCCCGAGGCUACUGGAAAUAGAACUCUACUGGGGAAUGAUUUUCUAGAAAAGACUGGUAUCGUCCUAGAUAUCCAACGUAAAAGAUGGCACUUUGGUGAUGAACCUCAUCAUAAAAUCUAUUUCCGGAAGGAUAUCCAUAAACCUAGUUUAUCCAUGAGCAACAUUGUGGCAAAUGAAUGUAGACUACGAGAAAAUGAAGGAGAGCCUCUGACCCCAGAGCAAAGACAAAGGAUUUCCAUACUUCUCAGUGAAUUUGAAGAUACCCUUAAACCAGGGGGAGACCCUACUCCCUUAUCCUCGAAUACAUCGAUUUAG